AUGAACGAGCCGACUCUCCCACCGCCAGCAGCUCUUGCCAGCUCGAGACCAACACCAACGGCGACAGGCACAACACCUACGACGACCGCAACUCCCUCGUUACUCCCAUCCUCUCUCCCGCAUCCUUCAUCUCCCCAAAAACAAAAACCCUCUCCUUCUUCUCAUGGACCAGGCCAAACCAACCCUGUCAUUCCCGUCUCCCUAACUGAAGCUUGCCUCGACUCGCCCUCCUUUCGCGCCUCCGCCAUCCACUUCGCCGACCAGCUCGAUGCCCUGGAGCGCUGGCUCGAUUCUUACACCCGAUCCACAAGCAAGCUGGUGCACGAUGUCCUGACGUUAGAAGACGGGAUAACGACCUAUCUAGCCAAGAUAGCGCCGCCUCCGGCAAUAGCGGCUGCCCCUGAUCCGCCCGUUCUUGAUGCAGAUUAUACUUUGCUUGGGCUGCGCCGGGCAGCAGAUGCCGCCCGCGACUGGUGGAUGGGCAUACUAGGAUCCAUAAGACGCUUCGAGCCCGUGGUCGUUGACCCGAUCCGGUCGUUCCUUCAAGGGCCGGACAUGCGAGCUUUUCGUGACGCGAGGAAAGCGCUUGACGUCACACAGAGGGCCUUUGAUGGGGUGUUGGCGAGGUAUAUGGCGCAGAGCAAGACGAAGGAGCCUAGCGCGUUGAGGGAGGAUGCUUUUGCGGUGUAUGAGGCUCGACGGGCGUACUUGAAGGCGAGUCUGGAUUAUUGCAUGCUUGCGCCACAGGUUCGAGCGGGGCUAGAUCGGGUGCUGGUCAGAGUGAGUGCGGAUUUGGAGAGGGAGAUGAGACGGGCUGGGGAGGAGGUGUUUGGGAACGUGGCGAGGAUAUCGGAGCUGGAGAGGAUUAGGGGUUGGUCCAAGGAGAUGGAGAUUGCCGAAGGAGGCUUCAGGAGGGAGCUGCAGAUGGCAAGGAGGGAUUUAGGGGAGAGCACGUUGGCUGCGUGGAAGCCGUCGAGAGAGUUGGAGGAUUAUAGUGUUUCUACUGUGCCCUAUCUGGGAUCGAGGGGUCCGCAGGGGAUGCAGCAGCAGCAGCAGCAGCAGAAGCAGAAUGCGAAGCACAAGGGUAAUGGCAAUGGCAAUGGCGCUGCUAUCUUGGAGAAGCAAGGCUGGCUGUUCCUGCGCGUCAUGGCUGGCAAGCCGGUCCGCACGACGUGGAUCCGACGCUGGUAUUACUGCCGCGAUGGUGUCUUCGGCUGGCUUGCUCAAGGGCCCAACGGCGUGCUGAUGGGCGAUGAGAUUGGCGUGCUGCUGUGCAGCGCUCGCCCGGCCGUGCAGGAAGAGCGUCGCUUCUGCUUUGAGAUCAAGACCAAGACUCAGACAAUCCUCCUGCAGGCCGAGACUCAGGCUCAGCUGGUUGAGUGGCUCGAGGUGUUUGAGACGGCGAAGAAUCGGUACAUUGAAGCGAGCAUGAAGCGGCAUCAGAAGUCGGUCACGCUGCCUGUCGGCAUGCCUGACCCGGCCUUUUCUGUUACUCCGCCUUCGAUCCCCGACUUCUCGGCCAAGAUUCUCGAGGGUUUGGAUGAGGGAGCUACCAGUGUUGUGUCUGGCGAGGGUAAGACUUUGUCUGUGCCUGGUCAGGAGGCUGCUGCCGGCGCGCGCCAGAGCUUCGAUGUUCCUCGUCGUGCCCUCACAACAGCCCUUGCUCGCGACGAAGGCGACUCUGGUCGUGACCACGCUACUCGCAUUAUGCAGAAGCUAGAUCUACACCGCACCAAGACUGUCGGGCCCAGCGCUACGGACGCUACCGUCUCUGGUACCACGGCUCUCGGCAGCGGGGGCGGGCUCUUACUGCCCGGCAACACCACAGCAACAUCAACGACGACCCUCGCCCACGGCCAGCAGCCUCCUCUCCUCAACCCCCAUCAUAACGCCCGCCCCAAAAUCCUCCUCGCCCCGACGACUCUUGUCAAGCCGCCAAUCUUAACCAGUCUCAGCAAGACUGCCGUCCUGGCCAGUGCCAACGCCGGCGGUGCCGCUGCCACUACCGCUGCCGCAGCCCGUAGCCUCCCCAGCGCCGCCAUCGCAAACUACUGGGGCAGCAACAGCUACUCGUCUGUGUACUGCUCUAUUCCGACCCCGUCUCCGGGACCGCAUACCCCUCGGCCUGACAACGUGGCUGAUCCGUUUUCAGCGGCGGCUACUGCUGCUGACAAGUCUAGCGCUGCGAGCGGCAGCAGUAUGCACCGAAAGACAUUUAGUGCAGACGCGGCGACGGUGUCAGAUAUCAGUCGAGCGGCGAGGGAGAAGGCUUCGGCGGUGUCGGUGUUUCCAGAGAAUUAUCCAUCCGAGCUGCGUGCGCAGUAUGCGCAGUUCAGAUUGCUCUUCCCUGCCGCACCGGCAGGGGACAUGCCAGUGCUGGUGUUCAACGCUGUUUGGACGAGCACACCCGCUGAAGAAGUACAGGAUGUGGGGGGAAAGAGACUUGGCCUGGCUGGCAAUGGGCGGAUAUUUGUUACGCCAGAUCGGAUGUAUUUCUACGGGCAUCACCUGGGGCUUGUGGUGCCGUAUAUUUUGGGACUGGAUGCCAUCGCGGAGAUUACGGCGGCCCGGGGUAGGGAUUGUGACACGAUUUGCUUGCAUUUGAGUCAGAGUGGCCAAGACACUGCCAUGCUGUCACGUAUCACCAUUAAGGUCUUCCUUGAUGAUGUUGCUUCGCUGCAGGCUCGCCUUAAUCUGUUGGUUGAUGAUUUACAGGCUGCUGAGCCGAUGGAGCUGGCUGAGAUUGUGGCGGCUUUGGCUACCAUCGAUGCUCGCGCACGCGACGAUGGGGAUGACGAGGAUGGAAAGAGGAGUCCCAGCGUCGAGAGCUGGGAGGAGGUGUCCUCCAACCCUCCCCUCGACGAUGCCUCUCCCACCGGCAGGCUCGGCAUGACAGCGACCGCAUCGCUCCGCCGGGUCCAGGAACUCCACGGCGUCAGCAGCAGCGGCAAGCAUGGCAGACGCCUCUCAGUCCAAGCCCAACAGCAAUCGGUCAAGAAAACGCACAAGCUGCACCUGCCUACGCACCCUGUCGUCUACGAGCCCGAAGACAUGGACAAGCCCGUCGCGGAACGCCACUUCGAAGUGUCAGCCAAAUCCUGCUUUCACGUCCUUUUCGGCGAUCGCAGCGCCCUCUUCCCCAAGCUCUACUUCGAGCGCGGUGCCCGCAACAUCGCCCAGGGCCCUUGGAAACUCCAGGAUCAUGGCGUCAUGCGCCGCGAGUUCCGCUUCACCGUCGACGGGACCGGCGAUAUGCUGGGUCGUAGACGCGCUAGUGAUGUUAUCGAUUUCCAGACUAUCGAUGUGUUCCGGGACCAUAUGACGUAUGUGGUCAGUCAUGUCAAGAUUCCGUGGCAUUUGCCUCACUACCAAUCUCUACGGCUCGUUGUCAAGGUGGUCAUCACGCACCUCGCCAAGUCGAAGUGCAAGUUGGCUAUCUACGUCCGUCCCGAGUGGCUCCCCCCGUCGGGAAGACAACUUGCCCCGGUCGCGUUUGCCCGCAACCUCGUCCAGCGUCAGGCCCUCGACGAUGCUGUUAACGACGCGGAGGAGCUGGCCGAUCUGGUGACCGAACACGUCCGUCGGCUGGGUCCGCACACCCGACGCACAAGGCGCGCUAUCCAAGUGUACGGCGAGGUCGGACAAGUCUCAGAUGCGAUCAAUUAUUCGCCGCCGCCGCCGGCUGAAGACGAUGAGAAGAAGACCGGCGCUGGCGGCGUCGUGGUACAGGCCGUCCGCCCUCGAACAAUGGCCGACAUGCUCCUCGACUCUGGCCGUUCCUUCCUCGAGAGCGUGAUCAGCUCCGUGAUGAUGUGGGCGUUUGCUGCCGUGAGGAGGGUAUUUGGCGUGUUGUCGGCCCAUCGGGUCAUUUUGGUGCUGUUAGCCAUCAGUGCUGCGCAUAAUUUGGUGAUCAUGUCGCAGGCCGGGAGUACUUGGUGGGUUGAGAGGAGAGCGGCGAGGUAUAUGCGCCGGUUGGGCGUUGGGCCGAAUUUGGUCAUGGGGAGGGCGGUCUAUUUGAAGGAUUUGGAGGAGGCUGCGAGAGGAAGUGUCGUGGAGGAGUUGGGUGAUGAUGGUGGUGUUUGCUACCAAACAUUCCGUCAAACCCUCUUUCUCAACACCACUCCCGCCGAACUCAACGCGCCCUACGUCCCUCCCCCCCCUUCCUCGUCCCCCUCCUCACCCUGGUCAGCAGCAACCUCCUCGGCGGCUCGACGCAUCCAUCGCAUGCGCCAGCGCCUUGGCGGCUACCGCCACGACCUACUUGUCGCCCUGCGCGUCGUCAAUGGCGUGGAACGGGAGAUGGUUCGUGCGGAGUGGGAGGCUUGGUUGAGAGGGGAGGCGUGGAGGUGUGAGAGGGCUAAGGGCUUGUUGUUUAGCAGUGAGCCAGACCUCCCUGCCACCCCUGUUGAUGGUGAAGCCCUAGGGUUGGGGUUAGGGUUGAAUACAGAGAGCGAGGGUAAGGAUGAGGAGAAGGGAGAGGAGAAGAAGAAGAGGGAGAGGAUGGAGGCGUUGAAAAAAUGCUGCGAAGGUGUCGUCAGCCAAGCAGCAUCAAGGAGGCACAGCCACAACUUGACAAGCUCACGCAGCUUUCACGGCUUGCACGUGGAGCUACAGUCCCCAGCAGCCGAAUGA